CUGGCUUUUCUUAUCGGACCGACAUCAAAGUUCAUAAGAAUUCUCUGGUUUUUUGAUUUGGGACGAGGAUAUGGUUAAGCCGAAGCAACAGAAGAAGCUACCCCAGAAGAAGCAGCAACAACACCCACAAAUUAAGAAGCUGGGAAAACUGGCUGACAGUUCUCAAUUUCGGACUCAGUUGGAUGCUCUAGGCCUACGCAUUGUUGACGUGACAGCAGAUGGUAAUUGUUUCUUCAGAGCCCUUGCUGAUCAGUUGGAAGGCAAUGAGGAGGAACAUCAAAAGUACCGCAGCAUGGUGGUGAAACACAUAUUGGACAACCGGGAGAUGUUUGAGCCCUUUAUUGAAGAUGAGGUCCCAUUUGAUGAAUAUUGCCAGUCUAUGGAAAAUGAUGGUACAUGGGCUGGACAUAUGGAAUUGCAGGCAGCUUCUCUUGUAACACACAGUAAUAUAUGCAUUCACCGGAACAUGUCUCCUCGGUGGUACAUAAGAAAUUUUGAUGAUCGCGGAGUUCAUAUGAUCCAUUUGUCUUAUCAUGAUGGGGAGCAUUAUAAUAGUGUGCGGUUAAAGGAGGAUCCUUGCGAUGGGCCUGCAAGGAAAAUUGUAAUUAAGGCUGAUGCUGAUCUUUCAGUGCUAUCACAUCAAACAAAAGUUAUGACCAACAAAUCCCCUGGGCAAGUGGGUAGGGAAACUUUCCACCCAGGGUCCAUAAAGUUGAUUAUGGCUGGAAGUGGAUGUGAAAACCGUGAGAAAGUGGAACAGAUUUUAGAGCAGGUAAAUGGAGAUGUUGGUGCUGCAAUAGAAUUUCUAAUCGCAGAACAAGGAACAGAAGAGUGCUCUGCAGAAUCUGAUUCCCUUCCUAGUCAGGCUAAUACUUACGAUCGUGAUGAAAACAAUGACCAUAAGCAGCACAAAGAAGACAUGGUAGAGGACAGCACUAAUGACGAAUCAAAUGACAGCUCCAGGAAGAUCAAUGAUAAUAUUGCAUUGCAAAGAGAUGGCAAGAAGAUUCCUAGAAACAAGGUCUGCCCCUGUGGUUCCAAAAAGAAAUACAAAGCUUGUUGCGGAUCUACCUUGGGGAAGCAAUCUGCUAAGUUUGUAGUUAACCAAGCAGCUGACUCCAAAAGGGGCAAAAAGGAAAGGAGGCAAGGAAAGAAAGGGACUUCUGCAAAAGCUGAAGUACUUGGUGAAUAUGACUCGGUGACACCUGACAUGGGUGCACUUUGUAUUUGAGUUAAUAGUAAAUCUGAAGUUAAUUUUGUGCUCCCCUAAGGAGAGAAGCUACUGAAAGGUCGGUCUACCUAUGAUUGAGCUCUUCACAAUAUUAAAAUCCAUUCAUACUUGGGAUUUCCGAACAGAAGGUUUCCUUUCGGUAGAAGCAUUAUUAUGAACCAGAAAGGGAUAUACAAUUGGAGAAAGUGUUACAAAAAUCAUUUAUAAUUUUUGUUCCUCAAGCAAGAUGCUUUUGGGGACAACGUGGAAGUCUUGAUCAUUCUUUUUAUAGGAGAUCUUAUAGGAGAAUCAGUGUUGCCUAAAAUAUGAGGGUAGAAAUAGUCAUAAUGAUUUAGUCAAAAAGUUCAGCUGAACAAGAGUCCUUUCUCCUGUUAACAUUUUCGGCUUAAGUCCAUGAACCUAUUCAACCACAAGAGAGAAAAGCAUGCAUCUUCUCAGUAAUCUAUGACUAGAGUAGUUCAGAAGAGAGAGAAUCAACAUUCCAAGUUAUUGUCAUUUACCCGUUCUUAAU